CUUAUCAUGUGCAAAGUUAUACGAUUUAAUGUUUGCUGGGCUGGGCUUAGUGAGAAAACGUGGAUGUGAUAAAGAAAAAUAAAUUUUGGGCGGGACGAAGUUUGCUGGAUCAGCUAGUGUUUAACUAUUAUUCUUUUGAUCGAACAAUUCUGAGAUCAUUCCAAACUUGGAGAGGAGAAAAUUUUGAUAUCAGUGGAAACUAUUUCUUCCACUGAACAGCUUGAAAUAGUUGCAACAGAAUUUGAAACCAAUAUUGAAUCCACCUUUGAAGAAAACUGUCCACUGAAGCAAAAAACUUGAAGUAAGGAUGCAUCUUGGUGGAACAAAAAGCCUUUCAAGCGUAGAAAAUUGUCUAGAAACCUUUUCAACGAAGCAAAAAUUACUUCUGAUUGGACAUAUUACAAAAACUGUCUAACAGAAUAUAACAAAGAAAUCCGUAAAUCUAAAUGAAGGAAUUGGAACUUCACCUGUGAACAGGUGGGAAGUUUACUUGUUGUAGCAAGACUGCAUAAAGCCCUUUCUAAGGUUCACACCAACGAACUUGGUAGUCUGAAAAAAGGAAACGGUCAAUAUACCACCAACUCCCAGGAAACAAACACACAUCUCAGGCUCAAUCCAAUUGACUACAGGACACGCACAGGUCUUCAAUACAGCUCAAUCUUGUCCAAUCAGAGACGAGAAUAUAUCUAAUGAAAUGACUAGGGCGGUCUUUGUGAAGUCAAGGGUUGAGUGGGCAGUGGAUUCCUUGAAGCCCUUUAAAUCUCCGGUACCAGAUGGGAUUUAUCCAGUGCUGUAACAAAAAAGCAAGGAUAUCAUUGUCCCUCUUCUUACGGAGAUGUUUAGAGCUAGUAUGGUACUAAGCUACAUUCCUAGUAAAUGGCGGAAAGUCCGGGUUAUAUUUAUUCCCAAGGCUGGAAAACGUGACAGGACGACUCCCAAAGCGUAUAGACCAAUUAGUGUAACAUCUGUCAUCUUAAAAAUUAUGGUAAAGGUCAUUGAUCUCCACAUCAAAUCAUCAUAUUUGAACAGGAGACCAUUGAAUAAAUUUCAAUUUGCCUACCAAGCAAAUAAAUCAACUGAAACAUCGUUUCACACGUUAAUUUCAAAAAUAGAGAAGUCUUUUGAUGCUAAAGAAAUCUCACUUACAGUUUUUUUUAUAUUGAGGGAGCAUUUGACAAUGCAUCCCACAACUCUAUAAAUAAAGCUAUGAAAAAAUUUAGUUUUGACAUGUGCAUCUCCAACGGGAUACCUUGGAUACAUGCCAUGCUAACCAACCGAAUAAUAACAACUAAAACCAGCUUUAGUGUUCCCGUGAACGUCAACUUGAACAGGUGGUGGAAUAGUACAAUCAUUCCACGGUGAACUACAUUGCGAACAAACAGUUCAAAAAAUCGUGGUGAAUAGAACGUUUUUGUUCAAGUUCACGUUCAUAUUAAAAGUUUGCCAGUAAACGUGAAGUAAAUGAACAUCGAGCUUCAAUGAAGUAAUUCGUAUAAAAUAUACAGUUGUUCACGAAACAAUCCGAAGCAACGAAAUUUUCCACUCUGUGCAGAUAUUCGAUUGAAUGAAAUUGCAUCCAUAUCGAAAUUUUCAUUGAAAACUCGAGAAUUGCUAAACAUAUCCUUUACAGUUCAAGGUAGGUUUAGGCCCUGAUUCUCGAAUACAUUCACGGUGGAAACGAAAUGAACGGCACGCCAUUGAACUACGUUUUACGAGUUAGUGAAGUGUCGAAGAUAAUGAUGAGUUUUCAGGCAGAAUGAGCACUUUUCAAAUAAAAAAUCAUUAAUGAAACUUAUCUUCCUCGUAUCAAACUGAUAUUCAAUGUGAGUGGAAAACUUUGUUUUCUUCAUGUGGUAUAAUAAUCCCAUACAAAAAUUUCAUCUGAAGAUAAUUUGAUAUUAUAAUGAUAAAUUUAGUGGGAAACUAAUCUCGCAUCCAGAUGUCGACACCGUACCGUUGUCAUCCCGAAUGCGUUUCAUACCGUUUCCACCGUGAAGUGUAUUCGAGAAUCAGGCCCUUAGAGUUCCCGUGAACGUGAACGCGGACAAACACUUUUUUGUUAAUAAUUCAUUGGGACAUUCGAACGUGAACAUGAACGGGGAAAUAUUUUGACGUCUAUAUUCACCACUGUUUUCACGUUCACGUUCACCGAAGUCGGUGAACUAUGGUGAGUUCACCAACAUCUCGAUUCCACGGUGGAAAUUCAGAAUCGUUGUGAAAUAUUCAAUUAUUCCUCUUUUAUCAAUAUGAAUUGUGUUUAAACAUGUUUUUCAACUAGAAAAUGUUUCUUCCUAUCGUUUCAAGAUGUUUUCCUCGCGUUUUAUAUAUGGACUGAUUAUAUAAAAAGUGUAUUAUUAUUAACAAAGUGUUUGUCCGCGUUUACGAUCACGGGAACUCUAAACCUACCUUAAACCAACUAGAGGUUGCGCUCAAGGAGGAGUAUUGUCUCCUCUGUUGUGGUUCCUAGUUGUCGGCGAUCUUCUUAAUAACCUAUCUUAUUUAAGAUACGAAGUCAUUGGUUUUGCUGAUGACAUAAUCAUCUUAGUGAGGGGUAAAUCAACAUUGUGUGGUAAUACUUGGCGUCGAAAGCGAAACACUCGGUUGGAAGAGACAUCUUUACUGGAUUGGAAAGCUUCAUAAAUUUACCUGAGAAAGUACCGCUUGGACAAAACAAAAACAAUCACUCUGUUUUCGUGAUUUCCGUGUUUACGAUGAGUUCUGACGAGGACUAUUCACCACCAGUGGCGAAACACAAACGCAGGCGAGCUGAAUCCGGAAGCGAGAAGGUUCGCGACCAGCUUUCCCUGCAGAAGUCGAACAGUUUGCGGCACAUUUGUGUGUUGUGCAACCAGCAAUUCUCGACAAUUUGGGAUUUAUAUCAACACAAACGGGAGGAGCACAAUGUAUUCCGAUGCGGCCUGUGUAAGGAAGAAUUUCUAGCUGAGGAUGAUUACAACAGUCACAUUCGGACUGAACAUGGAAGACGUGAUCGGCAGCUUAUGUGCCUAACCUGUGGCCAGUUGUUCCGAUUAGCAUCCCAGCUGAAAGACCACAUCGAGUCCCGAUGCGGGACGGACCAGAAGAAUGAGUGCCCGGUGUGCCAUUCCCAUUUCUUAACACAGGAAUCUUUGAACGCUCACAUCAUCCAGCAUCUGGGAGAAAAAAGCCAUUCGUGCAGCAAUUGUGGUGCGAGUUUUUCCACCAGGGAGAGUUUGAUUUCACACUCGACCACACAUAUGUUCCCGUAUGACUGCAGUUCAUGUAAGAGUCGAUUCUCGUGCGUUGAAAAUCUGCUAAAGCAUCGGAGUGCUCGUCCGGACACCUGUGGACUGCCACAAAAUAGUCAGACCAACAAAAGCCCGUCUUACAACAAAAAAAACACCAAUCAAACUGACCUUCGAGUACCUACCCAAAAUGUGUCAUCACAGAAAUCAGGACCAGUGCGCCAGCGAACCGCAUCCGUCACAAAUUUGUCGGACGAGUCUGAGGAUAAUGCUGAUGAUUGCUCCGAUGGAGAAGAAUCGGUGAAAUCCUUACCUCCGGAAGAAGGCAGAAAUACACCUGCGGAGGAGGAUGAAGAAGAAUACUUUUUAGGUUAUUCUGAUGAAUCGAUGGAUGUUUCAAGAGAGAAAAUGUACCCUACAAUUGACAUCGAAGCCAUCGAGAUCAAAGAAGAAGAAAGGGAUGAUGAUUGCGAAGCGCAGGAGACAAACGGCAACGCGAACGAGAGUUCGAAUGAUGCGUCCGCUGAUUCUAAAGAGGAAGAAGAUACAGUCGAUAUAACAGUGAUGUAUGAAGAUACAGAGUACAUUAUGGAAGAAACGGUACACAGCGAUGAUGCUAGGUACGACAGCAAUCGGUCUGACGAAGAUGAACCCGACAAUGCUAACAGCGAGGAUGGUGACCGCGAUGAUAAUCAGCCUAACGCAAAUGAACCAGACAAUGAGAAAAGCGAGGAUGAGAAGGAACAGUAUUCAGAAUGCAACGAUUAUAUUGACGAUGAUUAUUCUGAGGACUAUAAACCUGCCAAUGAUAGAAAGAAUAGAAGGCGAAAAAUUGUAGAUGAUUCUGCGGUAGUCAUGCGCAAGAAACGACGGGGCAGACCUCCAAAAGUAAUUGUUCCGAGGAUACUGGAGGAUACCGAAGACAUGAUAGUAAUUGAUAUGGCACAGCAAGAGCGGGAAUUCAAAGCCGCACGCGUUGUUUUCGACGAAAACAUCCAACAGGUCUCGGCGGAUUGUUACCGUUGUAUUCACUGUCCGUCACAGUUUACCAGUGAAUAUCUCAUCGGCCGCCACCUGGAGCGAGAUCAUGAUAUCCAGUUGAAUGGCUUCCUUAACAUUCUCCAUUCUGGUAGAAUUUAUACCAAAGAAAGACGUUUCAAGUGUAGAUAUUGUGAACGUUUAUAUGUUUAUGAGAGAUCCCUCGAGAAACACGUUGGUGUUCAUGGGCCGAAUGGGUUGCAUAUCCACAAAUGUUCGUGCUGCAACAAACACUUUGAAACGGAGGACGAAGCGCAGACCCAUGCAAUGGAAACACAUCGCGACCGUUUGGAGUGUUCUUUUUGUGAAAAAGUAUACAAAACCCCGGAAGUACUCUCCGCCCAUAUGAAAUAUGUGCACAAAGGGACCACACUUCGACUGAAUGUUUGUCUGAAAUGUGGCAAACAGUUUACUUCAAAGUCUCACCUAAUGGAUCAUGAGCGAGCAAAUUGUGGCGAAAAUCCAUUAUAUCAGUGUGAAAUUUGCGACAAACGUUUGCACAGCGCUCAUACGCUUAAAGCCCAUUAUGACAUCCACGCAAACAAAUUACCCUAUUCCUGCGAGUAUUGCGGGAAGAACUGCCGGACAAAUUACCAGCUCAAAGUGCAUGAGCGAUCGCAUACGGGUGAAAAGCCGUAUGCUUGUGAAUUUUGUCCGAAAACAUUUUCCCACCACGAGACGUUAUACACGCAUCGAUCCGUGCACACGGGUAUGAAACGGUUCGUUUGCUGCGGCUGCGGUUCGAGAUUCACGUGCAUUUCCAACCUCCAGGCGCACCGACGAACCCACAAAACAACAUGCGCUACGGUGCCCAACGUUGCGUACGUCGUAGGAAGGGCUGCAUCACGAUAUCAUCAUCUACCCGAUGACUAUGAGCUUCCGUACCCGAAAAAUCAGAAAACGGAAUGAUUCCGAGAGUGACAUUAAAGCAUAGAGUCUAAUCUUGUUAAGUAUUUUA